AUGCAUCCUAAACACCGCCUGCUGUCAUCAACAUCAUCAUCAGCAGCAGAGGCCAGCUCAAAUCCAAAUACAUCUAGUCGUAGUAAUGGUCGUGUGAAGAAAAACAAAGCCGUCGACAUGACACGAGUCGAUCAUCCUCCCAGCGUCCUCUCAAUAAAGAGUUCAGCACUUGACACUCUCAAGUAUACCUACAACGACAAAUUUGCUGGAUCGUCUAUCCCUGCAAGCUCUUCUUUAUUACCUUCAAGCAACUCAUCUAUUACAACAACCAAUCAUGGGAACAAAGCUCUACUCUUGCGACGCCGUAAAAUUGCUUCCACCGAAGGAUCAUUCAUCAUGGAUCAUGAAAGUAGUAGUGUCGCAUCGACGACCCCGUCUUUGUCACAGAAAAGGUUACCAGCUUCCACACCUAUCAACGCGCGUGAGCAGUCUUUACCAUCCACAUCAAGUAUCCUCCACUCACAUGGAUCAGCAACUCCAAAAGCAGCUUUGCAACAACCAUCACCACCAACUCAGUCUCUCUCAUAUUCAGGAAGGCAUUCAGUUGUCACUGCUUCAUCGCAUGGCUUUCAACCGGCAUCAGCAUCGCGUCCUGCUACCAUUAACCGACCAUUGGUUCCUGCGACUGUUGCAAGUGUUCGCGAUCGGCGUCUCAUGGUGUUAGCUGAAGGUCGUGGUGUAUCCCCUGAAGUGGGCAUUUGCAUUGUGCAUGUUACUACUGGUGAAUGUACUCUUUCGCAGGUGCCUGAUACCCCGUCAUAUUCUCGGACACUACACAAGAUCCACUUGAAUGAUCCACACAAGAUAUUGUUUGCCAACACUGCUUUGGAACCGGGAGCCACACAACUCUAUCAGCUGGUCAAUGAAAACUUUCCAGAGAUCUCCACCAGUGUCAUCCCACGCAAGUAUUUCAGUGAUGACGUCGGCAUGAAAGAUUUGCAAGAAUAUGGUCUCGAGGAAGAUGCGUCAUCUUUGAUGCUUGGAUUAUCCACAAAGUACUAUUGCCUUGCAGCCGUAGCAGCCGCAUUCAAGUACAUUGCUGAAAAUGAAGGAUUGAGAUUUGCAAGACACACCGUCAAGUUUACAUACCAAGGCGUGGAAGAUGUGGCCACCGCACGUAACUUGGAACUUGUAUCAAACAUUAUGCGGCGAAACAGCAAAGACACGUUGUUUGGGGUGCUCAAUCACACGGUGACACCAAUGGGUAGCCGACUAUUACGCACCAAUAUCUUACAGCCAAGCACGGAUGAAGCGUUGAUUCGGCGUAGAUUGGAUGCUGUCCAAGAACUCAUUUCCCAAGAGAAUCUAUUAUUUGACAUCCAAGCAGCCUUGAAGCCAGUGGCAGAUCUCGAUCAUAUUAUUGCCGACAUUGUACGCAUUCCAACGACACAGGAUCUCCAUUACACCGAAUCAAAGAUCAACAAUGUCAUCCGGCUCAAGAUUCUUCUCGCCGCAGUGAAAACCGUUGCGAAUAGCCUGGAAGCAUACAAUUUGAAUGAUUUAUUGGGUGCCAUUCUAGAGUUGCUGUCGGAUCCGAAAUUGGCUCCAGAUGAGUUUGUGCAAGACAUCAACCAAGUAUUACACGACGACGUGGGUGUGCAAAAGACGGCCUUAGGUUUACGACAUCAGCGUUGCUAUGCUGUCAAGGCGGGUGUAAAUGGUCUUCUUGAUGUUGCUCGGCAGUCGUACAAAGAAACCAUGGAGGACAUUUAUGAGAUGGCCACAGAGUAUUGCCAAACAACCAAUCUCAACAUCAAGCUGCAAUUCAACGCUAGCCGCGGAUUCUUCUUGACACUGCCAGUCGAUCAGCUUAAAGGUGGCGAAGGUGAUUUACCAUCUAUCUUUAUCAAUGUCAUCAAGAAAAAGAAGCUCUAUUCUUUUGCAACAAUCGAGCUGCUACAAAAAAAUAGUCGUAUGAACGAAUCACUUGCAGAGAUUUAUCUCAUGUCCGACAACACUGUCACGGAGCUAUUACAACGAUUUCAUGCGGAUAUUGGAGUUCUAUACAAGGUCACUGAAGCUAUCGCGAUGCUUGACAUGCUGCUAUCCUUUGCUCAUUCUUGCUCACUCACCCAACAUGUGCGACCCGAGUUUACAUCAACACUCGCCAUCGAAGCUGGACGUCAUCCAAUCAUGGAGCAUAUCCAAAAAGAGCCAGUAGUACCCAAUAAUACUUUUGCAUCGCUGUCGUCGAGUUUCCAAAUCAUCACGGGCCCCAACAUGAGCGGCAAAUCAACCUACAUCCGACAAGUGGCAUUGCUUACGAUUAUAGCACACAUGGGAUCCUUUGUUCCUGCAUCUUAUGCAUCAUUUCGGCUUUGUGAUCAGAUUUUAUCUCGCUUACUUGGCAAUGAUGGUUGUCUUGAGCAAAACACGUCGUCGUUCAUUGUUGAAAUGCGUGAAGCAGCUUACAUUAUUCAAAAUAUUACGGAUACAAGCUUGGUUGUUUUGGAUGAACUCGGUAAAGGAACCGCGCCGUACGAUGCACUAGGAAUCACGGCAGCCAUUACCGAGUGCCUUUCAAGCAGCAAGGCAUAUUGCUUUUUCGCGACUCAUUUCCAUCAACUCACCCAUGUGCUGCAUAUCUACCCGAACAUCGUAAACCUUCAGCUGCAUGUUGACGUGAUCAACAAUCCAGAAUCCCAUGAUUGCACACUCUCAUAUUCUUAUACGGUGCGAGAUGGUGCCGUUGCCAAAGAUCAGCAUUAUGGAUUGAAGACGGCGGAGCUGCUGGGAUUCCCAUCACAAAUCAUCAUGCGUGCUUUGCAGAUUACAGAAAAGCUGGCUCAACCUCUACGCGCGGAGCCUUAUAAGGAUUCCCAGCCACAAUCUAUGAUGGCAGUCGAUGGCAACUCUUCCAAAUCAAUCGACAACAACAAUAACAAUUCGUCUUCCGAGGACGAUGAUGCAGAGGACCAAGCUCGGUGUAGGACGCUUUAUUGGUUUGCUGACAAAAUGCUGCAGUUGCAAGGUGCACCUGAUGAAGUCUUUUACGAUCAAGUCAUUCACGUCAAAGAAAUGCUCGCUAAACAAAUCGAACCACUUGAAUCAGAAUGA